GUCUCAUCCACCGCGCGCUAGCAGGAUUGUUUUCAGAAUAAGUCAGCUGGGGAUGUGACGGAAGCCUGCGCUGAUUAUUGCAACCUAGUAAACCAGCUCUUGGACUGACAACAGUGAACAGGAGAAUCGAACUUACCUAUUCUUGUCACAAUGUCUGGUAGUAAUGGGAGACAAGUGGCCAUGGACGAGUCAAGGGCUGUAGGUGAGGCACGAGAAUCGUGGUGCGCUGUGGAGAGACAGAAAGAGGAGAGCUGGUGCAGAAAGACACGGCGUCAUAACAAAGACCAGUACAACAGCACCGUGUUUAACAAACAUGCCCCCAUCACUGAACCACGCUGCACAUUUGAAGUCAACGAACCGACCCACAAAGAAAGGCGUCAUUUCCCAGCCAAAUACUCUUGCCAACUGAAGAUUUAACUGAAAGUAACAUUUGUCUUUUGCUGAAUAGAUGAAUUAAUCAUGUGUGCAUAAAAUGGGAAUGAUGCAGUACAAAUAAUUAAAGAUGUUUAUGGGUAUGAAGACAGUAUUAUUAAUGUUUGCAAUUUUUUUGCAAUUUUACACACCCAUCAGUAUUAAUAUUUGUUUAGGAUAUUUAAACUUUAUACACAAGUGUUACAAUGUUUUACCUAACACGUGCUCAGUAUAUGGAUUUUAAGGACAUGUCCUUUUUCAUCAUUAAAUAUCAAUAUUGUUAAUGUUUGCCUCUCCAGUAUUAUAUAAGUAUUUAUUUUUGUUUUUGGUAUGAACACGUACAUGGAUCACCCCAUAGUAUUCCUAAUGGUUGUGCUCUGAUCACCUGCAUGUGUUCAUAAUGAAUGAGAUUAAAGCACACACACACACACUACA